CGUAAAAUAUCCGCUCUAUCCAAAGAAAAGAAGGUUAUGGUGGUGGCGGGCAACGUCACUCUGUAAACAAAGUUCAGCAGCCUCGAAUCUUUUAUUUCCCCCGUUUUCUUCGAAUUUUCUGGAAUAAAAACAACAACUUCUCUUUCCCCUCCUUCCUCUUCUACAGAAUCCACCUGAGGGCAUCAGGUCAAUGUUGCAAGCAGUAUCUGUCCCAAAAAGUUGCUGUAUAUCAUAUUCAAGAAUCCCUUCUUAUCAAAAGCCUUUAGUUCCCACAAGGCUUAGAGUUUCAGCUUCACUCCCAGAGCCUAAUGGGGUUAAAGUUGAGUACACUCCUUGGUUAAUUGUCGGAUUGGGAAAUCCCGGUAACAAGUAUCAUGGCACUCGCCACAAUGUUGGUUUUGAAAUGAUUGAUCGAGUUUCUCAAGAGGAGGGAAUCGUAUUAAACACAAUACAGUCGAAGGCUUUGAUAGGAAUAGGUUCUAUAGGGGAGGUACCUGUGGUCUUGGCAAAGCCUCAGGCCUACAUGAAUUUCAGUGGAGAAUCGGUCGGACCACUUGCUGCAUAUUAUCAGGUGCCACUGCGUCACAUCCUUCUGGUUUAUGAUGAGAUGAGCUUACCAAAUGGUGUUCUGAGGGUUCAGCCUAAAGGAGGACAUGGCCACCAUAAUGGGGUGAAAAGCGUAAUGGAGCAUUUGGAUGGUCGCCGAGAAUUUCCACGAUUUUGCAUAGGCAUCGGAAAUCCACCUGGAACUAUGGACAUGAAGGCAUAUCUUUUACAGAAAUUUAGUGAUACAGAGCGGAAACAGGUGGAUGCAGCACUUGAUCAAGGAGUUGAGGCUGUCAGGACGGUAGUAUUGGAAGGCUUUGGCAGUAGAAUUUCACGAUUUAAUAUAGGACAGAAAUACAAGUAUCACAAAGUUUGAUGAAAUGAAUCUAGAAUGAAGGUGUAAAAGACCACAAGAUUUACUGAUAACUUAAAGUCUAGUUAGUCGAGCGUUGCACUGGGAGUCCACUUAGAAAGUGUUUGGACUCUGAGUAAUGCUUAUAGUUUCAUGCUGGCAUGCAGCUUUUGUAAACACUUGUAGAAUAAACUUAUUUAAAAGUAAAAAAGAUAGAAUUUUUGUUUGUUC